AUGUCUUCACCACCAGGAUCGCCAUUUUCCAUCGGCUCGCCCGUCAGUCCUUGCUCGAACGUCUUGACGCCUUCCCGAAAAGUACAGGCUUUGCUCGCCCAAUUCGACGAUUCUGAUGCGGAUGAGCCUUCACCCACUCCACACGGCAGUCGCAUAUCUACAAAUGUUCGUUUCAGUGGUAGCCGCAAUGCUGCAGGCAGUCAAACUGGCGCGCAAGAGGACGAUGAUUCAGAGGAAGAGGACGAUUUACCCAUGGCACCACAAUCAAAGAUUGCCGCCCGACUACAAGGCUUAAGCACAACAUCCACUUCUUCAAAGAGAAACGACAUCCCCGUGCCAGAACGUUCACGCCCAAGUUCGGCCGACGUGUUGGACGAUGAAGGCAUACUACAACCUGGGAUGAGAAGGAGGCUUCUCACGAAGCGCAAAAGCAGUCCUGUCGAAGAAGCAGCUACCGCCCGUGCCUCGAGAUCGGCUUCUCCCUCUUCUGCUUCCUCGUUACCGUCCCCUCCCUCUGCCCGGCCUCAUUUCAUCCCAGAACGUUCUGGUUCUGAUGAUGGAGAAGACCAACUUAAUGCCGGCAAAUCAAAGUUUUUAGCUCUAGUUGCAAAACACCGCACCCAACGACUUGAGAGGGAGGCCGAAGAAGAGGCAAAGCGCAAGUCGCGUCAUGAAAAUCUCGAGUCCCUUGGGAAAAAGAGUCGGCAACCGAGAGGAUCGAGUCCUGCAGAUGAUACUGAGGAAGAUAGUGACGUUUCUGGUGCUGAUGGGGCCAAGAAGCUCUCAACGCAGGGGCGACCUACGCGAAAAGCUAGCAAGAAAGCUAUAGAAGAAAUGAGUCGGGAGACUCAACGUAUGACCCGGAAUAUGCAGCUGGCCCAUCAAGCUCGUACCAAGAAGAAGAUCACCAAGGACAGUUUGCUAGCUCGCUUCAACUUUCCCAUGGCCACAUCCGCCGCAAGACUUGCAGCCAACCGUGAGGACAAAAGCCCUACCCCCGACAGCUCAAGUGCUGCUUCAGACAAUGAAGGAUUCGCUGGUCACGACACACCACCAACAAGUCCUCUACACGACGAGACCCGUGUCAGUGAUCCCGGAAAGCAGCUUACACACGCUGGUACGGCACCGGUCGCCGUGGAAAACCAGCAAGUGGGCUACGACCUCCCCAGCUGGCGUGCAACUGUCUCGAACCGCGACAAAGGCAAAGGAAGAGCUCCAUCGGAAGAGCCCAUGCCACAACUUGCGCUGCCCACCAUCGCCCAUAUGAGCUAUCCAAAUUUGCAGGAGCCGUCAGAGCCGAGCAUCAAACCGACUAUAAAACCACAUAAGUCGAAGCGGCCUUUGGCGCCUGCAAUCAAGGACGAAGCCGAAGAUUCCGACUCUGAUCUCGAAGUCAUCACGUCUAAGGGUGAUAGUCGCAAAUAUGCCGCAUUCGAGCAACUUCCGAGACGAAAAGCAAAAGAAGCGCCUUCCCAUCUUGCCUUGCGGUCACUGGCACACUUAAACGGCGGCGACGAGCGAAAGCACGCCAUGAAUGCUGCAGAAAUGCAGGCCUCUUUGAGGAAAGCAGCUCGUCUUCAAGCACGGCAAGAAAGACAACAAAAGAUUGAGGACCUCAAAGCGAAGGGCGUAUUCAUUCAGACAUCAGAGGAGCGAGAACGUGAGCAGCAAGAUCUGGAAGACCUGGUCGAGAAAGCCCGACAAGAAGCUGCUGAAAUCCAAAAGCGCGAGAAAGCUCUUGCCAAGAAAGAGGGCAACUAUAUCAAGGAUGCCUUAGACGAUGACGAUAGUGAUGAAGAUGAAGAUUUUGAGGAUCACGAUGGCGCAGGAACUAGUGAAGAGUCAGGUGAAAAUGGGGAAGAUGACGAGGAGGAAGACGAUCAUGAACAUGGCGGCUACAAGGACGACGAGAAUUUGCUCGACAACGAAGCUGGCGAAGACGAAACGGAGGAUGCGGAGAGUGAUGCAGAGGACGCUGUUUCAUGCUCCGAAGAUGGCUCUGACACCGAGCUCGUCGAGCCCUCUGUUGCAAGAAAGAAGCGAGCGGUUCGAGUGCUGAGUGAUGAUGACGACGAAGAUGAUGAAGCGCCGUUGAAUGACGAAUCCUGCUCACCUCAACUCCCGGCUCCCGCUAAGACACCUCAGUCUGUUUUGCGUUCUGCGAGAAAGCAAAUACCUGGGCUGCAAAUGUCAGAUGAUCUUCCGAUGGGAUUAACUCAAGCUUUCGCUGCCACGAUGGCGGAUACUCAGAACCGGGACGUGGACAUCAAUCAGGAACAAGACAGUCUUAUCAUGACCAUGGAUCUGCCAUCACCGAACAUUGCAAUGGUACCCCGACUACAGCGCGUUGAGUCAAUCGACAUCAUUACAGAUAGCCAGCCAGCAUCUCAGACCCAGCCUCUCAAUGUCGACCUUUCCUUCUCGGAGGUCCAAACGGUGCCCCAGUCACCUGCGAAUGCGUUGGGCAUGGGCGGCCAUCAAUUUACCCCUUCCCAGCCACAAUUCGAACCAACCCAGGAUGGUGGCUUCUUGUUGAGCCCUUUUGCAGGCAAUCGUUUCGCAACCGAAACUCCUCAGCAGCUUGGGCCCCAUUCAAGCGUUGAAACUGUGAUGCUCCCAAAUGCUCUCCAGGACAGCCCCCUUUUGCAGAGGACUUCCCGGCUUGGACGUGGUCGCGCGCAUGCAGAUAGUGAAGAUGAGGGGGCAGAACCAGACACAUCUGCCUUCGACAUUAUGCGUCGUGCUGCAAAGAAGAAAGAGCGUGAAGCUUUCGACAAAAGCAAGUCGCAUGCCCGUGACAUCAUAGACGAGGCAGCAGAAGAAUCCGAGGAUGAGUAUGCUGGGCUUGGUGGAGCAAGCGACGAAGAAGGGAAUGACGAGGAGAACGAAGAGGACCGUGCGAUGAUCGAUGAAGACACCCAGGUGGGAGUUGGCGACGAAGCUAAAUUGGCGAAACUAUUUGCAGACCGCGACCGUGAGCAGGAUGAAGCAGCAGUUUCCAAAUUGAUGAAAGAUAUCACUACAGGCGCUUUCCGACGAAAGCGUGGUAAUGAUGACCUCGACUUGUCAGACGAGGAGGAUGCUGCCAACAGACGACGCGAGGCGAAACGACGAGAAUUCGCUAAGAUGCGCCGAGAAUUGCUCAAAGACGAAGCCGUGGGCAAGAUUGCCGAAGACAAGAAGAAAGAAGCUUUCUUGCGUAGUAUCGAAGAUCGAGAAGUUAGCGAGGAGGACGAUUUCGACCAGGAAGAGACGCAGCCGGAAGAAGAAUCACAAGAACAGGAGAGCCAGCCGGCGCAGCACCCCGAAGACCGUGAUACCUCCUUCGCGGUAACAGGAGAUGAUAGCGUCAAGCAUACCCAGCCACUUGGGACUGCUGGAGAAUCUCAACUCAACCAAAUCAAGCGGCCCAUCGGCCGCACACCUGCACACUUCAACCGCAAACCCACUACCCUUGCGGAGAUCCGGGAAUCCGUGUCGUUCCUGAUUGAAGACCACGACUCGCAAGCGGCCACCAUCGACCUUGGACUUUCUGAUUCCGAGGACGAGCCAGAGGCGUACGUCAAUCUGGACCGGCACUUCCAAGCUGCUGAAGCUGACGAGAACGCUGAUGAUGGCGAUGACCUGGGGGACUUUAUUGUAGAUGACGACGGCUGCGCCAAAGACGAAAGCGCUUUCAAGAGGCCAGGACUACCUUACAGCGAGACACGUGCUCCAUAUUCGGAGCGCCGUACCAAAGAGAGACCGAACGUGGUCAAUCGAUUGAGUAUGCUUCGUCAGUCGUCCUCGUCAUCAGGCUCUUCGAGCAGCACGAAGAUGGCAUUUUAUACAUCAGCCUCGUCAGCCAGCGUGUCUUUCGGCAAGGUUCCAAGUCUCCUCCGGCGAGCAACAACCAAUUCGAGUUUGGGUAGCAUGGCUGGCAGGGACGAGAACGUGUCUGCAACUGGUGUAGUGAUCAACAAGCCUGAACGCGGAAAAGCGAGUGAUGAAAGGGAGUUUGUUCGAAAGGCUGGCGGUGGUCGACGAAAUGCGGUCAACUACCGACCUACUAUCAACGAAGAGAAGAUGAGCCAGAGAGCAGGAAUUGCCAAAAAGACCGCAAGCAAGGGCAAGAAAGCUGGGGCUGGGUUUCUCGGAGGUCUGUUCAGGCAAGACAGCUGGGCUUGA